AUGUCCAGCCAAUCCAUGAGGAACCAAAAGUACUACCUCCCUGACACUGGGAUGGCCAUCUUCAAGGUGGAAGACAACCUUUACAAAGUACACCGAUACUUUUUCAUUUGGGAAUCCUCUGUCUUUCAGUCGAUGUUUGACUGUCCCAACCCAGCGAAAGGACAGGAUGGGGAAUCAGACACACAGCCGAUCCACCUUCCGGAAGUCACUCGGGCUGAGUUCGAAGCGCUGUUGGACUUCUUUUAUGACGGAAUGUUCGAGCCCCUGCUCAAAGGCGUUCCGAUGGAGCAGCCCCUUCCAUUCAACUUCCUUGGCUCGCUGCAACAGGUGCCGCGGAGACCCGUAGAUGUCGCCACACAAAAGAAACUCAUUUCCCUUCUGUCAAUCUCACUGCGAUUUGCUUUUGACCGACUCACCAAAGAGGUCAUCGCUGCCAUAGACUCUUUAGGCUCUGGCAUGGACCCCAUUCCCAAGAUCCUACUGGCCCUGAAGCAUGAAACCCUUCGAAAUUGGGUACCACCGGCCUUCAAUGCCUUGGUUUCUAGGUCGCUUCCCCUGACUGGUGACGAAAUGAAAGCAUUGGGACCUACGAGGAGCUCUAUGAUCUGUGCGCACAGAGAGAAGGGACUUAGGUUACGUGAUCCAAACUCCGGAAACGCUACUGUGGCAGUCCCCCCCGAAUUUUACAACACCAGCUCAUUCUAG